AUGAGUUUUGCCAUUGUUUUAGACAGAUACUUCAGUGAAUCUUUGUCCGAGUAUGCUGUCCUUUUGGACGCUUACACCGAGACCACUGAGUACAGCGAGAAAUUCGCCGACCUCGAUGAAAAUUCGCCAGGCGUCUACCAACAAGUUCUCUCCACAUUGGAUGUUUUGAAUUCUUUGAAGGACAAGGACUUUGAAGCAACUUAUAAUCUAUUGAUCCACAUUCUUACACUUUCGGGCGAGGCAGAGUCAUUAAUAAAAGAAUCAGGCCUUUUGGAGAAACUCGUCGAUCUGGCUCCAGAGUCUGAUGGAUUGUUGGCCCACAGCAGAUCUUCCGUUAAGGCUACCACUAUCAUCUCAGUUUUAUCGAGCAUUUUUAACCUCAUUCCAGAGACCUCUGCUUUGAGAAUCGCGAUUUUGAAAGACAUCAUUCUAGUGACGAAGAAAUCGUCAAGUGCAUCUUUGCUUCUUCCUAUAACAGACAACCUAAAGCUUUGGUUUGAGGCUGCUGGUGCUUCCCAAGACGAAGUCAAGGUUGCCCUUGUUGACCUGGCCACUUUGUUUGCUGCUGAGUACCCAAAGGAAUCUUUGAGACUGUCCAAGAUCAUUGUCACCUCGUUGCCAAACGUGACCAACGAAGAUGCCACCACGCUGAUCGGCAAGGUGCUGAGCUCCGGUGAUAUUACAGACAUUUACAGCUAUGCCUCCAUCCCAGCAGUCAAGGCCCUUGCCUCUGGCUCCGAAUUUGACCAGAAAGUUUCGCAAUUGGUCACAAUCUGCAACUCGGUUGAGUUGGCUCAAUACGAGCAGUUCCAAACCGCCAACUCGGAGGUGUUCGCCAAGUUGAACGUGUCUCCAGAACAGCUGUACAACAGAUUGCGUGUUUUGGUCAUCAGUAAAUGGGCAACCAAGAAGCAGACUCUCCCAUACUCCAAGAUAUCCACAGAAUUGUCCAUACCCGAGGACCAGGUGGAAGAAUACAUCAUCAACUGUAUCAAGGCCGGCGUGUUGGAGGGAAAGCUCAACCAGUCUUCUCAAGUGUUUUACGUGCAUAGAGUUUCCGUCGUUGGCGACUUUGGAUUGGAACAAUGGAAGCUGAUCAGGGCAAAGCUGAACACAUGGAAGGGCUCUUUGAAAGCCAUCAAGGAAACUGUUGAUCAGGCUAAGACGAAGAAACGUGCGGGGCAACCAAAGGAGCAAAAGGUGGCAGCAUAA